AUGGACUCGAGCAAUGGAGGAGUAAAGAAAAAAUGUAGAAAAGUAUAUGACUGUAGUGAAUGUUCUUAUUCUACUGCUUGCCGAAGUAAUCUUAAUAAACAUCACAAGAGACACAAUAGAAGUAUUGUGCAACAAGUACAGGGGCUGAUAUGUGAUAGAUGUGGAAAGAAAUAUGCAACCAAAUUUGGGCUGAAACUGCACAUCAAAAGUAAACAUGAGCUAGUGUUUAAACAUUUAUGUGAAUUGUGUGGUAAAGGUUUCAACCAAUCUGUACAGUAUAAACUCCAUUGUUCCAGUCAUGUUAUUGUGCCAGAUAAUGUCUGUCCAAUGUGCAAAGGUGAAUUUAGUGUGGAAUCAAGUUUAAAGCGACAUAUGAGGAUUUGUAAGGAGAUACAUAAAUCAUCAUCUAGUAAAGAAAUGUCGGACCAUUGUGGACAUAAGUGUGAUCAGUGCCAUGCUUUCUACACCACUAAGUCUGGAUUACGAAGUCAUAUAGAAGGCAUGCAUCAAGAAGCCAAGUUUGGGUCAAGAACACACUUGAUUCCAUCGACCAGUAAAAGAAAGUUAGAUGACCUUGAGACAGAAGAUGCUGUAGGGGAUAAUACAGGGCCCUUGUAUCCCCAGAUCCCACCUUCAACACCUUCUCAACCCCCAAGGAAGUGUCAGGUGGAGGAAGGAUACUCCUGGUGGACAUGUGCCAUGUAUGGGAUGCCUUACGACAAAUCAAAGCCACAGCCCCGAAAAGCAGAGGGAAUCUAA